CAACGCUCUAACCACAAGACUACCUGUACUGUCAACCCUAAUUUCACCUGGGUUUUAAAACACGAAUUUUCUCCACAUAGACCAAUAUGUUAGUACAGUCAAAAUAAAUCAGAUACAUAUCUUUCAGUUUCAAGUUACAUGACCGAAUGAAACUCCGCCACGUCACAUUCUCCUCACGAAGAAUCAGUACGCGCACACUUGAAGCUCAGGGAAGUGAACGUGUCUCUAUUCCCUAAUCAACAACUUCAGCGCCAAAGUUUGCAACGCUGAAGUUACCUGCAGGAAACGGUUGAUUGUGUUGUAUUGGCGUGACUGUGUGUGAGCCUACUGCCAUGUCCACAGCCAUGGACCCCCCCAGGGAAGUCAGCUACCUGCAGUCAUCCUGUGGCACCGGGGACAGCGUCGCCUCACUGGAUGACGUCGCUGUAGAUUUCAUAGCCAAUGAGUCAUCAGAGGAGUCAGCCGGUGAGCGGGAAGAGGAGAUUGGGGCCAACACUGAGCUCACCAACAAACUCACAGACAUCCUCACUGAACAGCCCACACACACAGAGACUGUGAGUGCCCAGCGACCAGACUCCCUGUCCCUAGCGGUGGCUGAGCCAGAGCGGUGGACGUCCAGGGGUGACGGGGAGGUGAAUCUGCGGAUGGGGGAGUCGGGCUUUGCAGCUGAGCCCCCAGUCACUGUAGACCAGAUGUUUAAAACUGCAGUGGAGAGGUUUGGCAGCUACACCGCCCUGGGCUGGAAGGAGGGAGAACAGAUGAAGACCAUGAACUACCAGGAGUACUACCAGGCUUGCCGCACCGCUGCCAAGAGCUUCCUCAAACUUGGCUUGGAGCGCUACCAUGGGGUUGGCAUUCUGGGCUUCAACUCUGCUGAGUGGUUCAUCUCUGACAUUGCUGCCAUUAUGGCUGGUGGGUUUGCAGUGGGUAUCUACACCACCAACUCCCCAGAGGCGUGCCAGUACUUAGCAGAGAACUGCAAGGCCAACAUUAUCGUGGUGGAGAACCACAAACAGCUACAGAAGAUCCUACAGGUUCAGGACAAGCUGCCACACAUGAAAGCCAUUAUCCAGUACAAAGAUGCACUUAAAGAGAAGAGACCAAACCUCUACACGUGGGCGGAGUUUAUGGAGCUGGGCCGUGAUGAGUCCAACACUCAGCUGGAUGACAUCAUCGCUACCCAGAAACCCAACCAGUGCUGCACACUGAUCUACACAUCAGGGACCACGGGGCAGCCCAAAGGAGUGAUGCUCAGCCAUGACAAUCUGACAUGGACAGCGUUCGCCGUAGGCCGCCAUGUCCAGCUGACAGAAGCCACCAAGUCUCAGGAGAUAGUUGUCAGCUACCUGCCUCUCAGCCACAUCGCUGCUCAGAUGGUGGACAUCUGGGUCACCAUGAAGGUUGGAGGGGCAACCUAUUUCGCCCAGCCAGACGCACUGAAGGGCUCCCUGGUCAACACGAUGAGAGAGGUGCGUCCCACAGCCUUUAUGGGCGUACCACGCGUCUGGGAGAAAAUGCAGGAGAAGAUGAAGUCCGUCGGGGCCAAGUCGUCUACUGUGCGCAGGAAGGUGGCAGUCUGGGCCAAAGGAGUGGGGCUGAAGACUAACCUCAGCAAGAUGAAUCAGAAUGGAGCUAUGGCAAGGACGCCUGUCAACUACCGCCUAGCCAAGAAGCUGGUGUUCAGAAAGGUCCGUACGGCCCUGGGUCUGGACCGCUGCACCAAGUGUUACACAGGUGCCGCCCCCAUCACCAAGGAUACCCUGGAGUUCUUCCUCAGCCUAGACAUCCCAGUGUACGAGCUGUACGGAAUGAGUGAGAGCACUGGACCUCACACCAUCUCUCUGCCCAAUGCAUUCCGCCUCACCAGUGUUGGGAAGUUGAUCCCUGGCUGUGAGACUAAGAUCCACAGUCCUGACCAGGAGGGCAAUGGGGAGAUCUGCUUCUGGGGGCGUCACGUCUUCAUGGGCUACCUAAACCAGGCCGACAAGACAGAGGACGCCCUGGACGCUGAGGGCUGGCUGCGCUCUGGAGACCUGGGCAAACACGACGACAACGGCUUCCUGUUCGUCACUGGACGCAUCAAAGAGCUGAUCAUCACAGCGGGUGGAGAGAACAUCCCUCCAGUGCCCAUUGAAGAUGCUGUGAAGGAGGCUGUGUCGCUCGUUAGCAAUGCCAUGCUCAUUGGAGACAAGAGGAAGUUCCUCGCCAUGCUGCUCACCAUUAAGUGCCAGGUGAAUGGAGACACUGGUGCUCCUGAGGAUGAGUUGACGCCCGAGGCUGUAGAGCUGUGCCGGAAGCUGGGCAGCAAUGCCACGCGAGUCUCAGAGAUUGCCGGCGGACGUGACCGGGUCAUCCAUGCUGCUAUCCAGGAGGGCAUCAACCGCGUGAACGAGAACGCCACCUCCAACGCCCAGCGCAUCCAGAAGUGGAUCAUCCUAGACCAGGACUUCUCCAUCACUGGGGGAGAGCUGGGCCCCACUAUGAAGCUGAAGAGGCCAGUGGUCAUGAAGAUGUACAAAGAGCAAGUAGAGCAUUUCUACAAAGAGGUGGUGACCCCAAGCACCCCUGACAACUCCCUUCCCCCCAAAUAGGCCUGGGAUAAAGGCCCUUGCAGAGCAGUUCAUAGAACCGCAACAAAAGACCUGCAGCCAGAAGUCUCUCACAUACGACACACACAUACACCAUACAGACCACCACUCCCUGUGCAGUUCCCAUUUACUCCUGUGAAAAUGUUUUGUUAGCUUCCUGCUUUGGUUAUUGGGUUCUUGUUCACAUUUGUGGGUGUUCUAAGGAAAAACAUCCAUGAGAAGGCGUUGUAAGUCUUUGAUUUUUGAAGAUGAGCUUAUUUCAACUUUGUUUUGUGAUGAACAAUAAUGCAUGAUAGAUGAAGUAGAGUUGUAUGUGAUGAGGCAUGGUUAAUGUGCUUUGAUACUUGAGACUAAAUGGCAUAGUAUCCAACAUUUCCAUAGGAAAUGGUAGUAGAAAUUUGGGCUACGUUUUGAAAAAGCGUUAGUCACAAUUAUUUAUUUUUCAUUUGCCAAAGUCAAUACUUACUUGGACCAAAGACACAUUGGAUGUGAAAGAAUUAUCCAGCUGAAAAAACUACUGAUGGAAGUUUUCACAUCCAGUGUUCACUCGUCAAAAACAUUUUCCUAUUUAUUAUUGUUUUGCUCUGUCUGCAUUGGUCUGGUUUCAGAGUAUUGAUGGAAGUAUAUCAUUGUUGUAGCGCGGUCCUGCAAUAAGAGAUGGCCAAUGACAAAUGAAGUUGUAGAUUUAGUUAAAGCAAAUGGCUCAAUGUUGAACUUCUGCACCUACCUUGUCCAAUAGAGAGCAUCCAAAUCACUUUUUUUCAAUGCGAUGGAACCAUAUCAUUCAAGCCAUAUUUUUUUGUUUCCUAUGUGUUAUGACGUUGUCAUACUAUCUGCAGAAUUGCUUGGUCUUGUUGGAAUGUUUUAUAACGAUUGUGUAAAAAUGUUGUGACCAUUGUUAAAUACUGUAAAUAUAUUUAGCCUACAUUGCCUCUUUCCUCUGGUCUUUAUUUAAACUGUUUUAUUAAGUUUAAUGUUUUUAAAAGAACUGUCUUUAGCUCAGUCUUGUCAAGCAGUGUGACCUUCUUUAUACUUGCGCCACUGAACUGAGUCUUUCUGAAAACUGGUUCAUUACAUGAGGAAAUUUGAUAGCGUAUCAAAAUUAAGUUACCGUUCAUCCUGAAACCUUCUACAUCCAAUAAUACCCAGGACCGGUAUGGACUGGGGUUUGAUCUUAUUAGACUGCACAUACUCUCCCUAAACUUCAUGUAUAUGAAUAUGCUGUGUGGAAUGUCUCUGUAACCUCCUGUACAUGUUCAGGUCCUUGUGUAAUUCUGAGUUUUAAUUAUUGGGGGUUUAUUUGGGCCACUUUGUCAGUACAAAUGAUACUCCUUGUACAUUGGAAUAGGAAGAACUCAGAUUUUUGAUUCUGGCUUCCAGCACUUUUCACCAUUUGUCUUUUGAAAUACUUGAAUUUUUUAAAUUAAGUAAUCUAAUGUAAACUACUAUUCCAUUCUCUGUGGAAAGUGAAUAUGCCAAAGGCCUUGCAAUUUAGAGAUGUUAGGUCUUCCACAUACAGCUGGUGACCCAUAUUGUUUCAGGAAGACCUGGAAAUAAACUACAAGCUUACCAAGAAGACUGGCAUGUAGUGUUUGAAGCUGUAUAUGGAAUGAAAAAUAUUAUUUUCAAAAGUGGAGGAAAUGAAGGUGAUGUAUCUGUAUUUUGUUAUUUUCUCAACUGAUGUCAUAGCUUUCUGUUGAAGCUUGUACUGACAUACACACUGAAGGUCUGAAGCUCCAUACCACCAACAAAGUCCAAUGCAAUUGCAGUCAACUUUAUUACACUUGAGCAAGCAAUCUCUUCAAAUGCAUACAAGACCAUGAGAGUUAAUGACUGCCAUCUAAAGACAGAAUACCAGUUUUACCUGACCCUCAACACUUAAGAGUUUUGAAAGUGUUUCUAGUAUCAGGUGGGGAAGAAAGUGUGUCUAGAGUUGAUGAGCAGUGCCAUCUUUGAACUAGCAGCUGCUGAGGAAAGAAACCUUAAUGUAUGUGAUCUAGCUGGAAAAUAAAGGUUAUUUAUUCUGA